UUUCCAGAUAACCUACCAUGCUCGGUGGCGCUGCAGCCUGGACCCUCCGAUGUGGGAAAGAAAUGUGCGGUGGAGUUUGAGGUGAAAGCUUUCUGUGGAGAGAACCAAGACGAGAUGAUCGACAAACAGAGUUCAGUCCGUCUGUCGAUUCGUAAGAUCCAGUACAGUCCAGAGGACACCAAAAUAGUUCCGGUGACAGAAACAACUUUUGAGUUCCUGAUGUCCGAGAAACCGCUGCACAUCAAGCUGAGCAUGCCCAAAGAGACCUUCUACCAUGGGGAAGCGGUCAGGGUUCAUGUAGAAAUUACUAACUCAUCCAGCAGGAACAUCAAAGACAUCAGCGUGUCAGUCGAACAGGUGACCAACGUGGUUCUUUAUUCAAACGACAAAUACGUCAAAUCUGUGGCCAAAGAGGAGACCAGCGACUCAGUGCCCUCUGGGACAAGUCUGAAGAAGGACUACACUCUGUAUCCUCUGCUGGCUCACAACAAGGACCGCAGAGGACUCGCUCUGGACGGACGACUCAAACAUGAAGACACCAACCUGGCUUCAUCCAGCAUAGUGAAGCAGGACAUCCUGAAGGAGGUCCAGGGGAUGCUGGUGUCCUACAAGGUCGUCCUCAGGAUGAUCGCCUCAGGAAUGGUCGCGUCCAGUGAGGUGUCUCUGGAGCUUCCAUUCAAACUGAUGAACCCGAAACCUGAACCAGACAAAGAGAGUGAACCAGAGGACAUGGUGUUUGAGGAGUUUAAACGAGUCUACCUGAAGGGGGUCGUCUAUGGAGACGACGACGAGUCUCCCUCUGAGGCCUGAACCUCAGACUGUCCCUGUCUGA